UUCAUGGGUACACAUUUGCUAAAUCCACCAUUGUUGUUGCCCAAUCCAGAAAUUUGACAACCAAUACUCCUGUUAAUAAUCCUGUAGAGAAAUCGAUCGCUAAGGGAGAGAAUGCAUGCGUUGGUACUGAUAUUGGUGGCGUGAUACGAAGGAGAACAUUGGUCAUCAAAAGCCUUUGUCAUGGAGCCACUACAAUAAUAAAGAUUUUUUUGUAGAUCACCAUUAAUUUUACUCUAUUUUCUCAAGGUUUAUAGACGAUACAAUGCCUGAAAACUUCAAUUAUCAUUCGGUUAACGAUGCCAAUCGAAAUAUACACUCAAAUCAGGAGUCUGAUCAAUCUAAUAAUGUUGUUGAGCAGCAGAACUUCAAUAUUUAUCCUUCAGUUCUUCAGGGUAACCCAGGCUUUAACCCAAAUUAUGGCUUCCCACACAACUCCAGGCCAAUCUAUCCUGCUUAUUCUCUGAUGGGUUUACCUACCAGUCACUAUUUUGUUCCUGAAAGGUCUCGGAUGGCUUCACCUAUCACUCCCUCUUUUGUUCCUGAAAGGCCUCAGAUGGCUUUACCGAUCACUCCCUCUUAUGUUCGUGAAAGGUUUCAGAUGGCUUUACCUAUCACUUCCUAUAUUGUUCCUGAAAGGCCUCCGAUGGGUAACCCCGGGCAAAAUUACGGCUUCCCACAAAUGUCUAACGGACAAUAUCCCUCACAUCAGGGGUCUAAUUACACUUCUUUAUUAACGUGGUGCCAGUGCCCGAUUCCUCAAAAUCAAACCAAUGAUGUUUCAGAGCCUACUCUGUUGUUGGGUUAUUCAUCCAACAACAUCGGUCAUUCAGAAACAACUCUCUUUAACGUCCUUAAUCAAGGCAUGCCUUACAGGAGGAGGGAAAUUCUAGGUGGUUCUAGUCCGUCUGAUGCAGGAUAUUAUCGAAACUCUCUUGCCUUUUCUCGUCCAAACAUCGAUAUUAAUCCUCGAAUUCUUCAGGGUAAUUCCAGCCCAUUCUAUCCUCAAAGGUCUCAGAUGGCUUUAUCUACCACUCCCUAUUUUGUUCCUGAGAGGAGACAAAUGUCUGACCGACAAUAUCCCUCGCAUCAUCCUCGACAUCAUAUCCCAGAUGUUAGAAGACAUCAAACAAGAUUAAGCCAUCCAUCAUGGAAUGAUUCAAGAUCUUAUCCUUCUUCUUAUGGGAACUUUUCUUACUUUGAGUCAUAUGUUCAAUUUGAAGGACCAUAUAGGAACUCUACUUUUGUUCCUGAACGUGAAUCGAAUCCUACUACCUAUGGGAACUUAACUUUUGUUCCUCAACGCGGAUCUUCAUCUGGACAUAGCAGUACUGUCAGAGAACUAGAAUAUGAGCAAAUGCUUAUAAGUAACAACCCGGAUCUUUUCUCCAGCGAUCAGGAUAGGUUCGAACACCUGAGAAUGGAUAUAGACAACUUGUCAUACGAGGAUCUGUUAGCGUUGCAGGAGCAUAUUGGGUAUGUCCGAUCUGGUUUGAGGGAGGAAACAAUUAUGAAGCUUCUAAAGCGGAGAAAUUAUGAACAUGUUACUCGUGAGUGUGACACUCUUUCAGAUGCUGAUAUAUGCCCCAUAUGCAAAGAAGAAUAUGUUGAAGGAGAAGAUAUUGGAGUGUUACAAUGCAGUCAUGAGUUUCAUACGGAGUGUAUCACGAAAUGGCUCGUUACAAAAAACAAAUGCCCAAUUUGCUUCGUCAAUGCCUUGAAUGUAAGGCCUUUUGUAGCGGAAUAUGAGUUUGGCUCCUGCUAAGGCCAUGUUUGUUUCAUUACAAUUUACAAACCAUAAACCAUAGAAAAGUUAGUUUUAAACACACCAGCAGCA